CCGCCCGCUCCUGGUUACCACGGCAACCGCGCGGAACCGCAGUCAGCUCCGCUGUUGCACUGACUUCUCCAGCCCAGGCUGAGAUGCAGUGGUGAUCACUGACAGACAGAGGCAGAUCCCGGAGCCCCAUCCCUUCCUCCCCGAGCCGACCGUGACCCUCCGGAUCCCGAGGCAACUGGGAAGAAGGAACAAGGGGGGAAGGGGUGUACCCUGGAGCCCCCAUGCUGACCUCCGGCGGGUUCCACCUGCAAGGCAGAGCGGGGCGGCCAGGCGCUGAGAACCGUACAGCCAUUGCAGCUGCACCUGUGCACCAGGACUCCUCGGGAGCAGGGACUCGCCGCUGAUGGAGAUGAAGGCCUGACUGGUUAAGGUGACAGCGUUGGGUGGUCAGUAGCCAGCCCACUGCCCCCUCUGUUGAGGGGUGCUGAGAGUCGGGGAGCAUGGAGGAGAGUAAGCAAGAGACGGUGAACCCGGCUCACGUCCUCUUUGACCGGUUCGUCCAGGCUACCACAUGCAAGGGAACGCUCAAGGCCUUCCAAGAACUCUGUGAGCACCUGGAGCUGAAGCCUAAGGACUACCGUUCCUUCUACCACAAGCUCAAGUCCAAACUCAACUACUGGAAAGCCAAAGCCCUCUGGGCAAAGUUGGACAAACGGGGAAGUCACAAAGAUUACAAAAAGGGAAAAGCAUGCACUAACACCAAGUGUCUCAUCAUUGGAGCUGGCCCCUGUGGUCUCCGCACAGCCAUUGACUUGUCUUUAUUGGGAGCCAAGGUCGUUGUUAUUGAGAAGCGAGAUGCCUUUUCCCGCAACAAUGUCCUGCAUCUCUGGCCCUUCACCAUACAUGAUCUACGAGGUCUGGGUGCCAAAAAGUUCUAUGGCAAGUUCUGUGCUGGAGCCAUCGACCAUAUCAGUAUCCGUCAGCUCCAGCUAAUACUUUUAAAAGUAGCUUUGAUCUUGGGCAUUGAAAUCCAUGUCAAUGUGGAAUUCCAAGGACUUGUACAGCCUCCUGAGGACCAAGAGAAUGAACGGAUAGGAUGGCGAGCACUAGUGCAUCCCAAAACUCAUCCUGUGUCUGAGUUUGAAUUUGAAGUGAUCAUCGGUGGAGAUGGCCGUAGGAACACCUUGGAAGGUUUUCGUCGAAAAGAAUUCCGUGGCAAACUAGCAAUUGCCAUUACGGCAAAUUUUAUUAAUCGAAAUACAACUGCAGAAGCCAAAGUGGAAGAGAUUAGUGGCGUGGCCUUUAUAUUCAACCAAAAAUUUUUCCAGGAGCUGCGAGAAGCCACAGGUAUUGACUUGGAGAACAUCGUUUACUACAAAGAUGACACGCACUAUUUCGUUAUGACAGCCAAAAAGCAGAGUUUACUGGACAAAGGGGUGAUACUGCAUGACUACGCCGACACUGAACUCUUGCUUUCCCGGGAGAAUGUGGACCAAGAGGCCCUGCUGAACUACGCCCGGGAGGCAGCAGAUUUCUCCACCCAGCAGCAGUUGCCCUCUCUGGACUUUGCUAUCAACCACUACGGGCAGCCCGACGUGGCCAUGUUUGAUUUCACAUGCAUGUACGCCUCUGAGAACGCUGCCUUGGUACGGGAGCAGAAUGGACAUCGGUUGCUAGUGGCUCUGGUAGGGGACAGCCUCCUAGAGCCUUUCUGGCCAAUGGGAACAGGAAUAGCCCGAGGCUUCCUAGCUGCUAUGGACUCUGCCUGGAUGGUACGAAGUUGGUCUCUGGGAGCCAGCCCCCUGGAAGUCCUGGCAGAGAGGGAAAGCAUUUACAGGUUGCUGCCUCAGACCACCCCUGAGAAUGUGAGCAAAAAUUUCAGCCAAUACAGCAUCAACCCUGUCACUAGGUAUCCCAAUAUUAAUGUCAACUUCCUCCGGCCAAGCCAGGUGUGCCAUUUAUAUGCUACUGGAGAAACAAAAGAUAUUCACCUGGAAAUGGAGAACCUGGUGAAUUCCCGAACUACCCCAAAGUUAACCCGAAAUGAGUCUGUAGCUCGUUCAAGCAAACUGCUGGGUUGGUGCCAAAGGCAGACAGAUGGUUAUGCAGGAGUAAAUGUGACAGAUCUUACCAUGUCUUGGAAAAGUGGCCUGGCCCUAUGUGCAAUUAUCCACAGAUACCGCCCUGAUCUGAUAGACUUUGAUUCUUUGGAUGAGCAGAAUGUGGAGAAGAAUAACCAGCUGGCCUUUGAUAUUGCUGAGAAGGAACUGGGCAUUUCCCCCAUCAUGACAGGCAAAGACAUGGCCUCGGUGGGGGAGCCUGACAAAUUGUCCAUGGUGAUGUACCUGACUCAGUUCUACGAGAUGUUCAAGGACUCACUGUCCUCCAGUGACACCUUGGACCUCCUGAAUGCUGAGGAGAAAGCGGUCUUGCUUGCCAGCACCAAGUCCCCCAUCUCCUUCCUGAGCAAACUCGGGCAGACCAUCUCUCGGAAACGUUCUCCCAAGGAUAAGAAAGAAAAGGACUUGGAUGGAGCUGGAAAGAGGAGAAAGACUAGUCAAUCAGAGGAGGAAGAGGUUUCCAGAGCCUACCGAGGAGAAAGACCGACACUGGUGAGCACUCUGACGGACAGGAGGAUGGAUGUUGCCGCUGGGAACCAAAACAAAGUGAAAUACAUGGCAACCCAGCUACUGGCCAAAUUCGAAGAGAAUGCACCUGCCCAGUCCACUGGCAUCAGGAGGCAGGGCUCCAUGAAGAAGGAGUUCCCGCAGAACCUGGGGGGCAGCGACACUUGCUAUUUCUGCCAGAAGCGGGUCUAUGUGAUGGAGCGGCUUAGUGCCGAGGGCAAGUUCUUCCACCGGAGCUGCUUCAAGUGCGAGUACUGUGCCACCACCCUACGCCUCUCAGCCUAUGCCUAUGACAUCGAGGACGGUAAAUUCUACUGUAAACCACACUACUGUUACCGACUCUCUGGCUACGCACAAAGGAAGAGGCCAGCAGUGGCUUCUCUGCCUGGAAAGGAAGCCAAAGGACCUCUGCAGGAUGGCCCUGCUGCAGAUGCAAAUGGACGGGCCAGCACCGUUGCCAACUCAGCCGAGAGAACUUCAGGUUCCAGCGUGAAUGGCCUGGAGGAGCCCAGCGUCGCCAAGAGGCUGAGGGGCACUCCGGAGAGGAUUGAGCUGGAGAACUACCGGAGGUCUGUGAAGCGGGCAGAGGAGCUGGAGGAGGUGCCAGAGGAGACACAGGCCGAGCACAACCUGAGCAGCGUGCUGGACAAGGGCACCGAGGAGGACGUGGCCAGCAGCAGUUCUGAGUCAGAGAUGGAAGAAGAGGAGGAAGAAGAGGAGGAGGAGGACCAGCUGCCCACCUCGGACCUGGGCGGUGUUCCUUGGAAGGAGGCGGUGCGGAUCCACGCCCUUCUGAAAGGAAGGAGUGAAGAAGAGCUGGAGGCCUCCAAGAGCUUCGAGCCUGGGGAAGAGGAGGAGGAGGAUGAAGAAGAAGAAUAUGAAGAAGAGGAGGAGGAGGAAGAGGAACCAUCCAGUGAAGCUGGGAACCACAGGCUACAGCAGAUCAUAAAUCCAGCGGAUCCCUUGGCGAUCCAGGCCGAUGUGCACUGGACACACAUUCGUGAGAAAGAGGAGGAGGAGAGGAUGGUCCUGACCUCCGAGUCCUCCACUUCUAGAGUCCCGUUGGACGAGGAUGACCUGGAGGAAGAUGAGGACUCAGAACCGGCUGAGAUAGAAGGGGAGGCGGCAGAGAAUGGGGACCCAGGGGACACUGGCGCCGAGCUGGAUGAUGAUCAGCACUGGUCUGAUGACAUCCCAUCAGAUACCGAAACAGAGCUUCGUUUGCGGCGCCAGGCUGAACUGGAAGCAGACCUGGAGCUGAGGGUGUCAGAAAACGAGGAGGAGGAACCAUCUGCUUUACCAAAAGGGCAAGAGAGAGGUCCCUCCCAGGCCUCCAGCCCCAUCCAGACCCCUCAGGAACAAGCUGUUCUCUUCACCCCAGCCCACAGCCCCACAAUGGAGAUGAAGGGAGCCCAGAUCCCACUUCCCUCCGUCACCACCAAAGUGAAAUCCCCUGAAGAGCGCAUCUUCCCUGAACCUGUGCUCCCCCAAGAGAAGCCCAAAGCUGACUCCCCCGUGAAUCAGAAAGCUGCCUACUCUCCCAUCCGAUCACAGCCAGUGGCUCUGCCGGAAGCCAGGACACCUACCUCACCAGUCAGCUCACAGCUCUUGUCACCCGGAGCCCCCUCUGCACCGCCCUCCACUCAGCUCCCCAUUUGCUCCCAGCCUCAGCCUUCCUCAGAGACCACCAUCCCAUCCCCCACUGAAUCCCCCAUUCGCUUCCAACCUGUCCCAGCAAAAGCAUCCACCCCUCUGGUCCCCCUCCCCAUGCAGAGCCAAGGUGACCCCAAGGACAAGCUGGGCAGCCCUCUUGUAGUGGAGGAGGCUCUGAAGCGGAGUGACCUGGUGGAGGAGUUCUGGAUGAAGAGCGCCGAGAUCCGCCGCAGCCUGGGGCUCACACCUGUGCAGCGGGACAAGGGGCCCGAGCCCGCCUUCCCUUCACCUGCCAUCAAACCACUGUCCCUAAAAUCCUACUCAGUUGAGAAGUCCCCUCAGGACGAGGGGCUCCAUCUUCUGAAACCUCCAUCUGUUCCCAAAAGGCUGGGCCUGCCAAAGUCUGACGGUGAGCAGCUCUCCCUGCUGACUCCCAAGUCACCGCCUGACAGAGAACUGAGAAGCUCCCAAGAGGAGCGCAGGGACCUGUCCAGCAGCUCUGGCCUGGGCCUCCACGGCAGUUCCUCCAACAUGAAGACCUUGGGCAGCCAGAGUUUCAACACCUCGGACUCCACCAUGCUCACUCGCUGGGCCUGCCAAAGUCUGACGCCUGACGAGGAGCCCGCCACCCUUCGAAGGAAGCCGGAGCACAGGGAGGCCGAGCCCCAGGCCUCCGUCAUCCCACCUCCCCCACCCACCUUCAUGCGGCCCCCUCGAGAGCCUGCCCAGCCCCCCAGGGAGGAGGUGCGGAAGUCGUUUGUGGAGAGUGUAGAGGAGAUCCCCUAUGCUGAUGACGUGGAGGACACGUACGAUGACAAGACCGAGGAUUCCAGUCUGCAGGAUAAAUUCUUCACGCCCCCCUCCUGCUGGUCCCGCCCAGAAAAGCCCCUCCACCCGCCCCCAGCCAAGGAGAAUGGGAGGCUGCCUGCUCUGGAGGGCAGCAUUCAGCUGCAGAAGAGGGGGCUGCCCUGGGUCUCCCCAGAAGCCAAGGAGCUGGCCGAGGAGCGCAUGAGAGCCCGGGAGAAGUCUGUGAAGAGCCAGGCUCUGAGAGAUGCCAUGGCCAAGCAGCUGAGCCGCAUGCAGGAGAUGGAGAUGGCAUCCGGGGCUUCCAGGUCCCGCAGGGUGUCCUCAGUGCCCUCCCAGGGCAAAGAACACAAGUCUCCCAAAUGCCCAGGUCUCAGAGGCUUUGAGGAGCCCACCCUGAAGCAUGAAGCCACCAGUGAGGAGGUCCUGUCUCCUCCCUCGGACUCAGGGGGCCCGGAUGGUUCUGUUACCUCCUCCGAGGGCUCCAGUGGGAAGAGCAAAAAGAGGUCGUCCCUCUUCUCUCCCCGCAGAAACAAAAAAGAGAAGAAGUCCAAAGGGGAGAGCCGGCCCCCAGAGAAAGCCAGCCCCAGCCUCCUGGAUGAGGUGGCUGCCAAGCCCAAGUCAUUGUGGAAGUCCGUCUUCUCUGGGUACAAGAAGGACAAGAAGAAGAAGGGCGAUGAAAAGUCCUGCUCCAGCACUGCAUCCAGCGGUGCCACCGUGGACUCCGGCAGGCACAGGAUGUCUCCUAUCGUGAGAGCAGAGCUGCAGCUACGGCGCCAGCUGAGUUUCUCAGAGGACUCGGACCUUUCCAGCGACGACAUCCUCGAGAGGACCUCUCAGAAGUCUAAACGAGAGCCAAGAACCUACACAGAGGAGGAGCUGAAUGCCAAGCUGACCCGGCGUGUGCAAAAGGCGGCUCGGAGACAGGCCAAGCAGGAGGAGCUCAAGCGGCUGCACCGAGCCCAGAUCAUCCAACGGCAGCUGGAGCAGGUUGAAGAAAAGCAGAGGCAGCUGGAGGAGAGAGGAGUUGCAGUAGAGAAGGCACUCCGGGGAGAAGCAGGCAUGGGCAAGAAGGAUGACCCCAAGCUGAUGCAGGAGUGGUUCAAGCUGGUGCAAGAGAAAAAUGCUAUGGUGCGCUACGAGUCGGAGCUGAUGAUUUUUGCCCGGGAGCUGGAGCUAGAGGACCGACAGAGCCGACUGCAGCAGGAGCUGCGGGAGCGCAUGGCGGUGGAAGAUCACCUGAAGACAGAGGAGGAGCUGUCAGAGGAGAAGAAGAUCCUGAACGAGAUGCUGGAAGUGGUAGAACAGAGAGACUCCCUGGUGGCCCUGCUGGAGGAGCAACGGCUCCGGGAAAAAGAAGAGGACAAGGACCUGGAAGCCGCCAUGCUGUCGAAGGGCUUCAGCCUGAACUGGUCCUGAACUCUCGCACGUGCACUGGCUUGUGUGUUGGCACCUGCCCGCCAGCCUACUUUCUCCCAAGCCCCCGGAUCCAGCAUCCAAGGGGGUUGGCACUGCCUGGGAGUCUACACUCAGAGGGCCGUGUUCUUGUGUGCCGUGGGGAAGCCCCAGGCUACGGUAAUUAUCUGAGGUGACUCCGCCUCCUGGGAAGAGGCCCAUUGGGACUUCCCACUUGAGAGGGGGAAACUGCACGGUCUCAAAGGGUGGCGCACCUUCCUUUUGCUGACACAUUUGGUAGGGGAAGGAAACUGCUCCCUCUCUUCAAAGCCACCACAGCCACGGAGAGCACCCCGCAGAGCAGGGCAGCUGUUGUCUUCACACUCCCUGAAGCACCACCAAAGAAAGGAAAAGACACCCCGCAAAAGCAAGUCCUAGAGACCCACAGGAGAGCCAAGGCCAGCUACACAGUGCCCAAGCCAGCAUCGCAGGGGAAGCUGAGGGGUGGCAGGCUCUGAAUUCAUUAUGCAAGUUAAGAGGAUGCAGAAGAGGGCACCCCUAGCCCCGUACCGCACAUGGGGCCUCUAGUGGCCAAACACCCCAGGCCUCUGCUCUCACUGGUCGCAGCCUGAGGCCUAUGGAUUGCUGCAUUUUGCUUUUAGUUCACAACCAUUUUGACACUGGAAAGUACUGGUUUUGGGGGCUUGGGGAGGUCCUAACGUCAAGCCCCCUGCUGACAGACAGGCAUUUUCAGUGUUCAGCACUUCUGGGGCAGGAGGUCACCUUCUCCCUGGUGUUCUUCCUGCAUUUGCACAUUGAAAAGAAGCUGACAGCCUGGUGAGAUGUUCAGCCACUUCGGACCCUUUCGUCAAUUAACUUAUUUUUUUAAUACUUGAAAAGAAGCAACUUCAUUUUUAUAUCCUUAAUAGAGACACUGAUCGUCUGGCCACCUGCGUGUAGGAGUGAGAGAGGUCUCUGCAGGAGGUCUCCCACACACAGCCUGAUUCGAGACUGACUGAAUGCUUGUUACAUGCACUUAUUUAUUAGCUUCUCCAUAAUGUUACUGACCUGGUUGGCAUCAGGGAGUAGCUUGAGGCCCUCUGGGCCCUUGCUCACAGCUUUUCUGUCCCCUCCAAUACCUGUCGCCCGCCCCACCCACCAGCACCCCCUUCUAUGACACUGGGCCUCUACGUCUGAAUCAUUUGCUUGUCAGAGAUGCAUCUCAGCACUGCUGAGAUGUAGAGACGCCACUCUACACCCUCCAUGGCGGGAUGUUUCUCUUGGUUUUGGUGCCAGGACACCACCAUCCUCUGCAGGUGUGUUAAAGCUUGGGCAUUAAGCCCACUUCGACUGGCAAGACCAUGUAGGGUGGGACCAUGGACUCAAUCUGGCCCAAGGGUCAGACAGACUGGAGCGUGGGUGCUGCCCCAGGCAUUGGAUGUAGGCUGUUCCAAGACAAACAGGGAUGAAUCAAGCCCUGUCUUCCCUAGGAUCUCCUGGGGCAGCAAGGGCUAAAAAGAACCGUGUAAUCAGCUCCAUAUGCCAAACUUCAUUCUCACGGUUCUGCCGGAGGCUGGCUGUAUACAGCUUAUCUAAGCCACUGACUGAGAAAACGGGCAGAGAAGUGGGUGCUUGCUUGUCUGUCACAGGAGUCUGUACACCGUCAGCCCAGGGGUGUCAGUGUCAGGCCCAUCCAGGAGGGGGCACUGUGGUCACCCCUGGUGGGGAUGGGCCAGGAGACCGUGCUGACCUGGACUCUCUCCAUGGAAUCACACUGUGCCUCAACUUGAACAUUCAUCUAACUACGAAGGAGCAAAGAACCUUACUCUUCACUUUGUCUAAAAGCUGCCAUCUGUCCUGUGGAAACCUAGAUGUGCUGCUGCAAACCAGCGCAGCUCUGACUUCCUAGUGUCCUGUUUUCCAAUGAGACAGUCUCCAUUUUUAGUUUCUUUUCCUAAAGGGGGAGAGGAAAGUAUUCUCCAUUCCAUCUUCAAACCCCCAUCUCCCACGAAACACUGGACUGGGGAUAUGACCUUCAUUGCCUGUGUGGCCUUUUCCCUUAUUCUCUCCCCCUCCUACAAGCCCAGCAGAGAUGCCUCUGUCCCCAUUGUUCCCCUAACCCCCAGAUCAAGGAAGCAGUUUCCAGAGUGACCGCAGCGAUAGUGCUGUGCUUCAUGUGGCCUCACGUAGCAGAAGGGCCAGGUUUCCUCAGCCUCUUGCUGCUGCCCAGCCCUAGUCAGCCUUGACAUCGCUACUUCUUUCCAAAGCACAUGCUGCUGCCUGCAGUCACUUUCAAGGGGGCCAAAGAGUGCAGAGAGGCCUUUUAAACACCAGCCAGCCAGGUGUCCCCCAGCUCUCCGCUCCCAACAGUGUUAGGACUUCAGGUUCUCAGAGAACACUUAUUUUUAAAGCUUCCAGUUUAUAACCACUAGUUGAUUUCAGUACUCUGGUGACUUGCUACAUGAAAUGUUUUCCAGCUCUGGAAAUGCACACAGCUCCAGCCAAGUUCUCCUCCCAAGAAUUAAGUUUGUCUCUGAAGGCAGGGAAGUAGAGCCUGUAUACCAUAAACACACAUAGAAAAGCCAGAGUCCCCUGGAGUGAGCCUGGGCACAAGGCUGAGUGCAGUGGAGACCCACAGUCAGCGCUUCUGGGGGACAGGCAGAAGCAGCUUCCGUGCCCAAGGCUGAGGCCGAGCAGCAGCUCCACAUAAGAUUCUAACCCUGCUCAGUUGAUAUCUUUGGGCCUUUGCCCCCAACUGCCUCCCCAAGCUGAUUUUUGACCAGCAGUGCAAGGAGAGAAUUUGAUAAAAAGUUGAGGGUCUGGGAGUGUAGCUCAGUGAUAGAGUGUAUGCUUAGCAUGCGCAAGGCUCUCUGGGUUCCAUCCCAACACUACAAAAAAAAAAAAAAAGUGGUAACAUGAACAUCCCACCCACAAAGGAGAAUUGUCCAUUUUAUGCGCAAUAAAAUUUUUUAAAGAAA